CUGUGAAGGCAUCUUUUGUCUCGUGUUGUUGUCUGAUGCAGCAAGCUAGUCAGCUUCAUUUGUUUCGGCACACGAAAAGGAGACUAGCUGGGAAAGGAUACGUCAUUGUCCUAUUAUUUUAGCCUUACUAGACCUUCAGCCAUAGCGCGUGAAGAAUGAGAAGAGUCACGUUAUUUGUUAACGGGACAUGUAAAAAUGGCAAGGUUGUAGCAGUAUACGGAACCUUGUCUGACUUACUAUCUGUAGCAAGCAAUAAGUUAGGAAUCAAAGCCUCCUGUUUGUACAAUGGAAAGGGUGGUCUCAUUGAUGACAUUGCCCUUAUAAGAGAUGACGACGUGCUGUAUGUGUCAGAAGGAGAUCCAUUUAUUGACCCUCAAAAUGAAGCCAAGAUUACAUCAGAUCCGCUGGCAGCUCACACUGACUGGCUAACCCUUAACAUUGGUGGCCGUCUUUUCACCACCACCAGGAGCACCUUGGUCAGCAAGGAGCCGGAGAGUAUGCUCGCUCACAUGUUUCGAGAGAAGGAUGUGUGGGGAAACAAACAGGACGAGCAUGGGGCUUACCUCAUUGACCGCAGCCCUGAGUACUUUGAGCCUAUUCUCAACUACUUGAGACACGGUCAGCUCAUUAUCAAUGAAGGCAUAAAUAUACGAGGUGUCCUCGAGGAGGCUCGCUUCUUUGGAAUUGAGCAGCUUGCUGAACAGCUUGAAGUAGCGAUCAAGAACUCGCAGCCACCCGAGGACCACUCUCCUAUUUCCCGCAAAGAGUUUGUCCGUUUUCUUUUGGCAACACCGACCAAGUCAGAGCUCCGCUGUCAGGGACUCAAUUUCAGUGGCGCCGAUCUGUCCCGACUUGACCUGCGCUACAUCAAUUUCAAGAUGGCUAACCUCAGCCGCUGCAAUCUGACACAUGCCAACCUGUGCUGCUCCAAUCUGGAGCGGGCUGAUCUCUCUGGAGCCAACCUGGAUGGUGCUAACUUGCAAGGGGUGAAGAUGCUGUGUUCCAAUGCUGAGGGAGCUUCUCUCAAAGGAUGCAAUUUUGAAGAUCCAUCUGGACUGAAGGCCAAUCUGGAAGGCGCUAACCUGAAAGGAGUCGACAUGGAAGGAAGCCAAAUGACCGGUAUCAACUUGCGUGUGGCCACUCUCAAAAAUGCAAAGCUGAAGAACUGUAAUCUGCGGGGAGCUACUUUAGCAGGGACAGAUCUCGAGAACUGUGAUCUGUCUGGCUGCGAUCUACAAGAAGCUAACCUGAGAGGGUCCAAUGUCAAGGGAGCCAUUUUUGAAGAGAUGCUGACCCCUCUGCACAUGUCACAGAGUGUUAGAUAACUCAACACCACACCUGCAAGUCCAAUGCGGGCCACAGCUUUCCCCAAGUCGCUCCUUUUCAAUCUCUCUAUACCUAUCAGUGCAGUACAGGUAUACGUAUGCACACCCCUGGCAUUCCACCAAUAUUAUGUUAGCUUUAAAUAUAUUGCACUAGAAUUUAUCCAGGGUUGUCUUAUGUAUGUUUGUAUGGUAGGAUGUUUUGAGAAUGUUCAGCUGCGUUUAUCACCAAAAAAGUAAAAGGUUCCUAGUUUGUGUAGAUGUGUCUGGAUGUAAUCAAGUGACUAUACUCAUUUAGUUUCAUACUUUUAUUUCAUAUUACUUGACAUGUUAAUAGGAAUCAAAGUCAGCUUACCUUUGAGCAGUAAAGCUCAGAGCAUUGAGCUUCACUGCAUGCUGCUGUAGCAGAAAUGGAAGAGGGUUAAUUACCAAUAACUGUGUCAAUAUAUAUAUUCUUCUUUAAGUAUGUAACUUAAUAUUGCUGGAUAUACAACAUAUUAUUAUAAAAGAAAUAAUGCAAGCCAAAGCCAUACACUAGCACAGUCUAACAGGCUAAAAGUGCUGUUAGAGCAACAUAAAACUAUGCUACAGGCUCGUUUUAAACACAGCUCGAGUAUGCAAUACAAGAUGUAUAGCUGUGAGGUUUGUUUUUCUAGUUUGAUGUUUUUCUGUCUCCUAAAAAACAAAACAAAAAAACGCUUCCCCUGGUUUUGUGCUCUGUGAAUCUACCUCUUAUUAACCCGAGGUGUGAGUGAUCCACAACUGCAUGCAUUCGGAUGUGGCAAAGCUUAUUGUAAUGUUCAUGCACAUCAUCCGUUAUUUAUCCGAUCCCCAGUACGGCAGGAGAGUCCAUUUUCAUGUUGUUAAAGUGGGGUUUGCCUGGAAACGUGCUUCGUGUAUUUAUGUAUGUCACUUAAUCAUGCUUUAAACUUGUUUGCACAUGUAUAUGUUAACGUGUAACGUGGUAUAUCCUUUCACCAAAAAGGUUUGGUGCUUUUCUUAUGUAAUGUUGUGUAAAGCAAAUCCAGUGCUUCCAAAACUUCCCCAAAAAGUCAUUCUUAGAGUAGACAGAGGUGUUGUCAGCUGUUUUCUGAAGGAUCUAACUUCAGUUCUUGUUCCACAGUGUCCGUUUGAGGGGGCAGGGGGAAAGCUGUGUCUUUGACCAGUGAAGUUUCUCUAGCUGUAGCUCGAAGCUGCACCAAUGAUGCAAUAUUAUUCACUCAAUGAAGUGGAAGGUACCCGGCCUGUGAGAAUGAAUGAUGAAGGCAAUCAUAAUGUGUAUUUCACCCUGAGUGUGAAAACCAAUGGAAGAGCUAUGGUUAUUUAUUUUAAUACAUCUCACUGAAUGCAAUAUGGGGCUGGGGUUGAUUUGUUUGAGGCAGGGAGUUGUGUAGUUAUCCCUGUCUAUGAAUAUUGCACUCGACCAUGGAAAUAUGUUUCCAUAAAUGACUGUUAUAAAUAAACUGCUAUGAAGAAAAA